CUUGAUCAAAAUAACCUGGAGAUUUUCCCCUUUAUCUCUGAUAUCUCUCCAUCACUGUCUUUAUUUUCACUUUCUCAAGAUUAAAAAAUAAAUUGUCAGCCAUUAUCAAUCCCUAAUCGUCGACCUUUUCGGGUAUUUUUCUGUGUUGAAAAUAAUAGCGUGAUUUUACGAUGGACUAACGUAGAGGGGCAGAAUAGACUACCCAAUCAAUAAUGACGUACGAGGCACUGUGGUCAGUCCUGUGAUGAUGAAUGAAGUCUCGAUAAUGUGUUCGCUAGGCAUUCGGACGGUGAUUCAGUGCACCUCUAUUUCCAGGAGUUUAUUGUCAUUAGGAAAUUUUUCACGUAAACAAUUUCGUAAGUUAUAACCUACUGCAAGGUGUAUCGAGUUUUAUGUCGUAUUAGUUAUGUUUCGUGUAACAGACAUAUAAAAAUAGACUGUCAUUCUCGGGGUGUUUUCGGUCGUGACGCUAUUGCAAUGACAUGGUGUUUAUGAAAACUGUGACACAUGAUAGUGAAUCAAUUAGUCCAAUUCUGAUGGCCAAGGGAAAAUAUCGUGGGUCUAGUGGAAACAAUAAGGCGCUUCUGUCUACAAAUGGCUCAUUCAAAAGCUCGGAGAUUUUCACAACUGAGUUUGACAUCAAUGAGACGCCACCCAGUGCCAGGACACUCCUUACGAAAGGAUAUAUACAGGAUGAAAUUAAUAAUUUCUCAGGUGCAACGGUAUCAACACGUGGUAGAUUCAUGACAGAAGCUGACAAGGUCCAUUCUCCAACCGAGCGCCCCCUAUACCUCUACAUUCAAGGCCACAACAAACGGAACAUUGACUUGGCGAUUCAAAAGAUUCACGAGAUAAUAAAGACCGAACACCAGGGCUCGUUGAACCGUCCGAGUAGAUUUACUAAUGCUCCACCACCCUUGAUGAGCUUGCAUUCAGGCACUCCUUCAAUCGAGAAAAUAUGCGUCGGCAUUGAGAAUGCUCCUCAGGGUUUCGACCUAAGAGGAAGACUUGUUGGGGCUGGAGGUGCUAAUUUAUUGUAUAUACGAGGAGAAACUGGUGCUAAUGUGUCACUGAGAGGUAGAGGAUCGCAGUUCAUAGAUCCAGUGCUGAAUGGUGAAUCCCCUGAGCCCCUUCACUUAUACAUAGAGCACCUGAAGCCCGAGGCACUGCAGAAUGCCAAGCAAUUGGUGAUUAAUUUGAUCCAGACGAUGCAGUCGGAGUUACAGGCAUACAUUCAACAACAGCCACCACCUGUUCAGUCACAGCAGGUGAUAGAGACAUCACAACUGCAGCAGAUUCAGCAGGCACACUUUCAGACGAUGAAUAUUGGAGCUUUGGGACAAUCUAACGUUGUUACUAUUCAGCAUCAGGAUAUCAUUCAACAUCCACAGAGCAGUGUUGUUACAUUACCAGCUACGAUUCUUACUGCUACUAUGGCCGGAGCUCCAGGGGCGGGGGUUCCACCUCCUGGGGUGCAUAUUCCUGCUCAUGCAGGACCUUUGGCUCCUUCCACUCCAGCACAGGACCUCCAGACCCUCAUCCCCCCCUCGCCAGUGGGUCAGGUUCAGCUGAUUGCUCCCCCGCCAACAGUGAGUCAGGUGCAGUACCAAAUCCACUCAGGUCAACCUCUGCACAUUCAAGUACCACCAUCGUCGCAUUCUUCCACUCAACCAGUAGCACAAAUGUACGUAAUGAGUCAACCCCCACCAGCAAGUCCAGGUCACUCUGGCUUUAUAUCAAGCAGCAGUGGACCAGUGAGUGGUGCUGUGUCCUACGUGUAUACGCAGCCAAACAUGCCAAGACCAUUGACCCCUGGCCAAACUGGAAUUGAGAGUGUGAAUGUCAAUCUGCAACAGCCACCGCCAUCAACACCGUUGAACAUAACACAUCAGCCGCCCCCACCCCUUCUCCACCUGCACUUCCCCCCGCCAAAUUUUCCUCCUAAUCAUCCUCCCCCACCAAUUCCCCAGACAUAUCAAAUACAGUACCAACAAGUGCAAACAAGUGGACAACAGUUUGUCCUUCAACCAGAACAAAUAGUUCCUCCAGUUCAGCAAAAUCCAGACCAACAUUUAACUCAGCCACAGUUUGAAGAACGGCCAGAUCAUUAUCACAUACAAAUGCCACCGCCAACAGCCCAAACCUUUCUUGUGCCGAAUUCUCAAUCUCCUCAUCUGCCGGCUGGUCCUCCAGUGCCCAUUCACGAGGGACCACAACAUCACGAGGGUGGACUUGAACAAGGACCACAACCCGUUCCCCCACCUCAAAUGGUACCACCCCCCAAUCAACUUGGUAGUUUUAUGAAUGUGUUAACUAGUGUACCACCACCCAAUCAACAAGGAGGGAGUCAGAAUGCGCCUUGGUUGUACGCUGAUCAACAGCCUCAGGGCCAAAUGCAGGUUCAAAUGCCACCACCACAGGGUGUACACAAUGUCUCCCCUGCACAAAUACAUUACACCCAGCAAUUGCAGUAUCAGAAUGGACCGAUGCCGGAGCAACUUCAUUAUACGGUCCAGCCACCUCAACAACCAUUUGAAAUUCAUCCUCCAGGCUCUCCAGAGCAGCAAAAAGGUCACGGUGUAAAGAGAAGAUUCAAUGACGUUGACGGUCCGCAGGAGCCUCCACCGUAUCACAAUGGACCACUGCCAAUUCAUCGACACGGAAAUGGCAGUGAUGGUGAAAGGCUGCUGCCACACGGACAUGGUCCACCACCGGGAGGUGUUGGUCCACUCUAUGGCGAAAGAAAUAAGACGCCUAUGCCACCUACACAUCCAGGUGAGAAACUUAAGAUGGUGCCGAAGGCCAGUGGAGCUAUGUCUGGCAGUGAUUCAAAUUUUGAUGGAGAAUGCGCUCAAUCACCAUCAUCAGUGCAAGGGCCACCACAUCCCGCCCCAUGGCAAGGUUAUGACAGUCGAAUGUCUUGGAUUCGACCACCACCGCCUCCGCCACCCACAAACAUGCCACCACCUCAAAUAAGGCCAUCACGAGGUCAAUCAGAUGGCGAUCAAAAUCGUUCGUCCAUUCAAUCAUCUAUGGAUCACCACGUCAAUAUCGAGUAUAAUCAAAUUCCUCCAUACCCUGGAAAGCCACCCCCUUACAACUCAUUUCCAUUGAUGCACUCAAUAUGUAAUCCACCUCCACCCCCUCCACCGCCACUUGCACAUCAUUAUCAACAAAGACCUCAGUACCCUCAACAGUACCAAGUCUCUGUUUCACAAAAUUAUCAGCCGCCUGUUUCAUGCUCACCAUGGAUGAACUUGUAACUAGUAACAGCAUCCUGAAUUACUGAUCAAUAUUCAGUAAGUUUUGUUGAAUAUGGUCCUCUUAAUUGAAUGGCUCACUUGGUUUUGUAUUAGAAUUCCAUGAUAUAAAGAUUCGGUUAUCUUUGCCGUUGGGUUAAACAUGUUCUUACUGAAAAAUAAUCAUAUAGACAUAAUCGUGGAUGACUGUUUUUCAUGAGAAAAACUAAAAAUUACAUAGAGACAACUUUGGAUGUUACCUCUAAGCCCUUAACGCAACGUAACAUUUGUUCAUUUGCUGGAGUAGAUAUCCAGGAUUCAUUGUGUACAGAAUGAAAAUAAAAUUGUUGGUAUUUAUAAGAAAAAUGUACAC